CUGAAGGAUGCGCACGACUAACCUUAACUUUUGUUGUUCUUGUAGUUGAUCAUCUAAUAGGCUUCCCCAUACCCGUUGGCAUUUGUGAUAUCAGAUGAGAUUAAUGCUUCACUGCUCUUUAAUGAAGCAUUCGCUGUACAUCUCCAGCAUUCUUGACAGUAAAGGCAUCGAUAACACAGCGAACAUCAAUGGGACUGCGUAACUCUCAUCCGAAGCUGUACCCCGGAGACAUUCUUGAGUUUCCUGGCAACAGUUACUUUUCUCAUUUUGGCAUUUACUAUGGAGAAAGAGACGGAGUUCCUUAUGUGGCCCAUCUGACCAUCAGAGAUUCAGACACCAAACUCCUCCUUUUCGGCCGAGCUAUAAACGCCUCUUUAAAGCUAGACCCGCUUGACGUAGUCGGGAAAAAAUACAAGGUAAGCAACUACCUGGAUGACAAGCAUCCACCUCGAGAUUUCUACGUUCUCAUCAAGCCGGAGAUCGAUGAAGUCAUGACGAAACCCAUCACCUUUGACAUCCUGUUCAACAACAGCGAACAUCAGGCCACAAUGUUACGAUACGGGGUUAAAAAGUCAGAGCAGAUUGAAAAAGUCUAUUCCAAGAUAGUUCCCACCUGGAAAGAUUUAUUUGAGAAGAAAAAGAUCUGAGAGCCACAUCUUCUGCAUGAAGACGCAAGACUUCAAGAUCAUCCAAAAACUAUUUCUUUCUUAAAUAAUUCCUAUUUAAAAGAUCCUGUGUCAAAUAUACAUGCAUAAUUUUUGGACAACAUUUAUUGGAUGUUAAACGCAAUCAAAACAAGCUACAUGAUCUUUAUUUUUGUGAAUGCAUUUGUUAUCUGAAUAUUGGAUAUUUUCAAUAAGUCUAUGUGUCCAGAAGAAGGCGACAAAGAGUUAAAGUUUGCAUUGGAUUUAGAAUAAAGAAGGCAAACAGCAGGAACGAUUGUCAUCCAAUUUAUCUACAUUAACAAAAUCGUCCACUAACUUUUAUUAUUAUUAUUAUUAUUAUUAUUAUUAUUAAUACGUUUUUUUAGUUGGAAGCAAAAAUAGCUAUGCUAUCUUGUGCAUUUAUCAUUCAUAGCUAAUAUAUACAAGUGAGAAAAUUCUCUGGCCUUUUAAGAUUAAUAUAAUUCAUGUGCCAUGAUUCAAUGCCAACUAACAUUUUGUAAAACUAAGAGUGUUUAUUAAAAUGGCUUCAAUCAAA